GACACAUACAUAAAUACAUACAUACUUCCAGACAUACAUACAUAUUCAUAGAUUGAGGCAGACACGCAUAUACUCGUUCCCCACCCCGAUUUGGCUCCGUCACAACAAUAAAAGUCAGUCGAAGGCCCUUUUGCUUCGAUGUCCCUUUGCUUUCCGUGUCCAUUCCCAUUUCUAACCACCUUCACACUCACAUUUAUUGUCAACGGCCUUUGUUUCGCAACAGACCUUUGCCCUCUGCUUUGUACGAAUUGCAAAUUGUCUGUGAGGUCGACUUGAACUUGAAACCGCAUCGACUACCGCGGCGGAUGAGGGAAACCCUUAAUUAAAAAACACCAAAUACAGAAACAAUGGUGACAGGGUUUACACAGAAUCGAUUAUAGAAAUAAAACAGACCAUAACAAUAAUAUAAACGAUAUAAUUCUGUGAAGUUUAAAAGAAAAAAAAGGAUGAAUGGUUUGUCUUUGUUUUGAUUCAAAAACUCAAGUCUUGUUUUUGUACAUUCUUCGAAAUCAGAAAGAAGAUAUAUUAAUUAUUAAUUAAUAUCUUGUUGGAAGUAAUAAGAUCUUGGAGAAGAAACAAAAUUACAAAAAAAAGGAUAAAAACGGAAUAAGGAGAAGAAGAAAAAAAACCCCGCAAAAUCGAAACAAGGGGAACAGAAAGAGAAAGAGAAAGAAAAAAUAAACAACAUCUCUGUUAAUUUGUGAUUAGAUUGUUUAUAUUAUUAUAUUUGUGUGUGAAACAUCUCUGAAUAUAUCACACAAUAUUAUUCCUGGCAUUAAAUAUUUACCAAAUGGAUAAUGAAAGAAACGGCUGUUUGUUUGGGAAUAACUGCUAAGAACGAAACCUGUCAUCAUCAUCCCUUCUGUGUUUCCAAGGAGACCGCUACUACGAUGAAACUGGGUUAAGGUGUCCUAUCGAGGUGAGCGCCAUCCAGAAAAACCGUGUUGUAUUCUGUAUUUGUGAAAAUACACAACAGAUACUUCAAAGUGAAUCUUACUAUCGCAACCCAAGACAUCCACAUUUGUGCUCAUUUAUGGACAUUUUUGCAUGAGGACCAACUAAAACUUCAAAUCUAAAAGUCUCCACUCAAGACACAAUGGACUACAUCAGUAAAUUCGAUAUAGAGCUUGAUCGAGAUAUCUAUUAUGCCGGGGAGAAGCUAACGGGACAUAUUGUUGUACAGAAUAUUGAAAAUCUCAAGGUGCAAGGAAUCCGACUAACAUUGCGCGGUAAAGUACACAUAGAAUGGAAGAUUAUGAGAACUGGAGAGCGCCGGACGGUGAAGCAAGACCAUUAUUACAUUGAUGACAAAACUGUUAUUUGGGGGAAAGAUAAGAAUGAAGAAGGUAGUGUCCCAAUUCUACCCCGAGGAAACCAUCGUUACCCGUUCCAGUUCCAACUACCAGAAUCAGCCUUACCGUGUUCUUUUGAGAGUAAAAUGGCUACCAUACGUUAUUAUCUCCGAGUUGUCAUUGAUAUGCCAUAUGCUUCAUCUCCACAAGGGAUUAAGUAUUUCACUAUAAUCGGUCCUCAUAUAGACUGCAUGGAUGAGAGGUUUUUGAGCCCUCAGGAAGCACAAGAUAAGAACAACAACUGCUGCUUCUGUUGUGGAACUGGUCCAUUAGUGCUCAAGGCUACUCUUGACCGAAGUGGCUAUUGUUGCGGAGAAAACAUCAGGCUGAAGGCUGAGAUACAGAACAACAGUGAUGAAAAUGUCUGGUUGGUGUGCAAGCUAAUGCAGUACGUGCAAUUCUUCAUUAACAAAGGGGUGCUGGGCUUAAAUAAAGACACAUCUCACAAAGUAUUUGAGGUAGAAGGUAGCUCUGUAGCCCCUUUUACCACAGCCAGAAUCGAUGACCUCUCCCAACAGCUUCAAGUUCCUGUUAUGCCCCCAACUCUACUCCAUGUUUGCCAGAAUGUUGAGAUAUUCUAUUCACUAAAAGUAUAUCUACACAUGGAAAAAACUGGUGACGUCCUCCAUAUUGAAUUCCCAAUAACAAUCGGAACAGUUCCUUUCCGUAUUCCAAACAGUCCAGCCCCUGAAGUCAGAUAUGAGAAUGCUGUCAGCCAUGUUGAAGGUGGCAUCUACAUCAGUUCAGAGUUCCAGUUUGGUGGCGUGUACAUGGGUGACGAAGAUGAACACACUGAAGAGGUUGUACUUUACAGACCUGUCUACGUCUGCGUGCCACACGCAAAACUAAGCCAUUCUAAUUCCGCACUUUCAGACAAGAAAGACAAAGACCAGAUAUCAAAGGACUCUUCGAAAGAGAAGUUAAAAGCCGAAGAACAAACGAAACCUGCUACCAAAGGAGAAGAAGCAACAGUGACCAAUUCCGAGGAAAUUGUCAACCUCAAAGACACUGUUUCCUCAGACGCAACCGAUAAAAUAAGUUAUGCUAUGAAAGAAGUGGCUAAAGUUAAUGUCGAAGCCAGUGUAAUCUCAGAAACAAGUGCUGCAGACGUGGAUGUUACCAGCAAAGAAGACAAAUCUGGAGAUGCUGUGGAGAAAUUAGCUGUUAGCAGUGAACAAACAGGCGAAGCUGUCAGUGUUGAUAAAGGAGCUGUGAAAACAAGCAACAGUAGUAGUAAAAGUGGUGGCGGUGAUGCUGACGGUGGUGGUGGAGGUGGCAGUGGUGGUGUAGAGGAUUUAGCUACUCCUAACGCCGUGCAUCUCGUGUCUGUCGAGUCGGAGCCACAAGCAGCAUCCAGUCGGAAGACCGACGUAAACAGCAUACAUCUGUCGAAUGACAACUCGCAAAUCGACCACUCGGAGACAGCUCAGAAGACGUCGGUCGAAGGAGAAACUUUAGUGAAAGAGAAUUCCAAAACAGCAACGGAAGCCAUUAUACCAAGUUAAUUUCAUUUGAAUUUUAUCCUAACGACUGAGAUUUAAUAACACGUAAAUACAUUCUGUUCCACACACACAAACAAACACACACACAAACACACACAUACAUGCACAUUUGCAAACAUGGGCACAUACAUUCAUACAUACAUACAUACAUAUA